GUGUUAUAUGUAGGCAGGGCUUUAUAUUACGGACAUAUAAUUCCUGGAAAAGUGCAACCAUCACAUCGCGUGUGCUACAUACCAUUUAACGGCAAAGAAAUCGCUGUGAAGAACUUUGAAGUAUUAACAGUGCCAAGCAAAAACCGAUACGCUAAUAAGUAUAUACUGCCAAAUCAUUCCAACCAUAUGGUGGACAUGGACGAUGAAGAAUUUGAUGUGUCUGAAGAAGAAGAAGAAGAUGGUAUUAUGUGGCAAUGAAUAUAUAAGUAAUUGUUAAUGGCUGUAAUAAUUUAUUGUGAUUACAAAACUUAUAUUUUUUAUCGUCGUAAUUCGUAGUUUACUAACAUGCGAUAUCUACACAUCUAUACUAGUAUGAAAUAAAAAAAGUUUGUUUGGAUGUAGUGGAUAAUCUUUGAAACUAUUCAUAUGAAUUAAAUAAAUCUUCCAUUUGUAAUUAUUCUGUAUGUUCGAAGUAAUAUAAUAAUUAAUAUAUUAUACUACAAAAGAAGCAUAAAUAAUUUGAUCAUUAUUUGAAUGCUGCGCUGGACGCAUCCGAAACGUUGUCCCAUGACCGGAGUUUAAAGCGAGCGGAAACGCAGGCAAAUAAUUGUAUUAUAUUUUAAUUUGUAUACCUAGGUAAUUAAAUUGUACAAUUAACGUAAAUAUGUAACAUUAUGAAAUUAAUAUUCAAAAUAAAAAUGUGUAAUUUUGUAUAAAUCAUUAAUUCAUUGCCUAGAUACGCUAAUAUUCAUUAAAUAAGAAGAACAAAUAGAAGUCCAUGGUAGCGUCGGUCGUCCUUCAAAGCUAUGUAUUCCAUAGGACCCACAUGUUGAGUGCCUCACAGAAGAUAUUUAUUAUUGACUCACUCUUUAAAAACAAAAAUUCUCUUGUAAAUUCAAUGGAAGCAAUCGUAUUUAGAAAAUCUAUCGUCUUACUAAACGUUAUUUGGUGGGCUCAAGCGGAGUCGUAUCGUAUAGGUCGUAUUCUCCUGCUAAAUUUACAUUUACGAUCAAUCUGUGCCAAUCGGAAAUGUACAAAAUAAAUGGGAUUAUAUUCCGCGCAUUUGAUUUUGCUCUAGUCGAAGCCAGCCUUUAAAUGCGUUAAAAAUAUCGACUAACGAACUGGCUGUUUGCGAAACUAUUUCUUUACCACCAAUAAAUAUCUGUCAUAAUUUAAAAUGCACUCAUCUUAACCGCCAACUUACAAACUGUAUCACAUUUAAAAUAAUAAAAGGACUGUUUCUUUUUAUUUAUUUGUAAUUAUACUACAAAAUGGCUGACGCUCCAUCCACCACAGCUUCAGAAUUUGCUCCAAGCGAGAUGCCAGUCUCAGAAAUGGGGGAAGCAUCUCCAGCAAGAGAAGCAACGACGUUUCCACCAUACCCGCCGUAUGCGACGGAGCCUGCGCCCCCGUCCGUAGCUGACACCAUAAUCGCCGGCCGCGACCUGCGCUUGCAAUACAAGUCUUUGCCCAAGCAGCUUGUGCGCCCACCACCGAAACCGGCCAGACCCAAAGGUCCAAAAGCAACGGACGUGAAGUUAUCCCGCCGUGCUGCGCGGGCGCAUGCGAGAUGUCUGCGCAGGCAUGGGGCUGUCCUCACAGAUCGCCUGGAGCACAUGUCGAAGCCGCCACGACGAGCCAUCAUAAACAUGUGGCGAGAGCAUGCUGAUACUUUACCUCCCGAAACGAUCUCUCGGUUGCGGACCAUGCUAGACGCAGACGAACCUUUCAAGCCGGAUCAAGCGUACGAAUAUUUUAUAAACUUGAAAAAGUCGAAGAAAAAAAAUACGGCGCUUCGUGUUAACCAAAUUAAAAAAGACGUGUUGGCGAUGUGUGGCGAUAAGAGAUUCCUAUGGGCCAGAAACGCUACAGUCGCGUUUGCUAGGGGCAUCCAGCUACGACUGGCAAGACCUGGUCGUUUUACUUUGGCUGACGGUAUGCUGAGAUUGUCUAACAUCAUCCUGAACGAGAUCUGUGGUUAUAUGGGCAUGAGGAUUCCUUCCCGUCGCUGCACUCAUCCCAAAGCUAAAUUCAUUAUGGAUGUUGCGGAUAAGAUCGCGGUAUGGAUUGAUGAGAUAUUAUCGGAAUCUGACGACAGGAUGCUUAUGAUGGAUUUCGAUGAAGACGAAGACCUCUUCAAAGAGUUCGGAGACACGGGAUUCGCCGAUGAUUUCCUAAACAUGAUGGGUGAUGGCGGUCUCUUCAAAGGACCGCAACCAGCUUAUUUGAAGUUUACUGGUGAAAUGAUGGAAGCUUUCAUGAUACUGACGGAAUCUAUGGAAAAAAAAGCUAGUCAGCAAUUAUUAUCGCAUGGGAAAUUCACUCAAACAUACGAAGAGGGAGCUAACGAAUUAAAACAAGCGCCAGAUUUCGACGCAUCGGAAUUAGAUACCACGUUAGCGGAGAAACUCAAUAAGGAGCUAGCCGCAACGGCGAAGCCUAACACGCCUAGUAAUAUUGCGCCUUUUAUGAAAGAUAUGGUUGAAAUAUGUUCAAAUUAUCUAGCUCAAAAUGCAGAAUACAACAAGGAUAAAGGUCCCGCAUUUAAAUUGCUUAUUCAAACGAUGCGUAGCAGAUCCAGCGUAGUCUUGUUUGAAAAGGAUAAGCUGCGGAAGACUUACAGCAAGGCUGCAAAUGAACUUGAAGAAGCUAAGGGAUUAGACAAUGAUCACGAUGAGCCAAAUUUAUCUCAAGAAAUCCACGCAAAUCUCACUCAAUUAGUUGAAAAUGUCACACCCAAUGAAUUGAAAACUGAUAUGGCGGAAACGGUGGAUAUCAGUUCGAAGUAUUUGUCACAACGUGCUAUCGACGAACUGGAGCGCGGGCCGGCGUUCGAUGUGUUGAUUCAAGAAUUGGAAAUGCGCGGUGCGGAUCCUUUCACGCCGCAGUUCACAUCGCUCGGCGUGAAAUACGCCGCUGCAUACGAAUUGAAAACUGCCCCCGGUCUAUCCAGCGUUACCCCAGAUGAGACCACAGCGCCCAUCUUCGUGGCAGCUCUUCACAGGGCCGCUGAUGCGGGAACACCGAAGACCCUCCGGAAAGAUAUGCAUGAUGUGAUUGAGCGGUGCGGAAACUAUCUAUCUGCAUUUGUUCGUGAUCGAGACAAAGCGAUGCAAAUAAUAUUGAAAGCUAUGAAGAGUAACCCGACAAAGGAACUUACAAAACGAAGGAGAUACGCUUUAGACUACGGCACGGCUGCUACUGAAACCGAAGCUGCGCCCAUUAUAGUUCCGUUUCUAGCUAUUAAGGACAUAGCUACUGAAGGCAAAGAUAAUCUAAAUAAAGAUGUUGAAACUGUCACUCCGGUUGAAUUAAAAACCGCAAUGAAAUCUGCGGUACAAGACGUAUCAAGAUAUUUAUCACAACCAGUAGCGCUUAGAAGUGGUGCAGCUGGGGCGCGAUACCCUUUGAACUUUUUAUCUGCCGUAACUAAAUCACUUGGUGCUAGACCUCUGUUUAAAUUUAAAUCCUACGGUCAAACGUACUCUGAUGCCGCCGAUGUUCUUAAAUACGCGGGUCCUCUUGAAUCGGAUCCUAAAUGCGAGCAAUUGCAAUAUGAAAUCAUGAGUGAAAUGAAAAGAGGAGUGCCCACAAAACUUGCGCCGACCAUCGCGUCGGGUCUCGACGAGGUAUCGGUCGAUGCUGCAAAGCAUUUAGCGAAAAUUGGGACGGAAAAAGGUAAAGCUAUGGAUUAUCUUGUUGGUGUAAUGAAACAAAAAGGCCUGUCGACACUCGGCCAACUGCAAGGAUAUCAACAGACGUACAAUGAUGGCGCAAGAAGAAUAGAAAACGCUCCAACAUUGGUAAACGAGAAAAUUGAUAAAGGAGUGUACGAAAAUGUAAGAGGGAAGCUAACUAAACUUAUAACAGAGAAACCGUCGCCAGAACACGAGAAGCUUCUGCCAGAACUUGUCGAUGAAUCUUCCAAGUUUUUGUCAGCUCCUGUGCCAGAAACGGAUGCUGAAAAACGUCAAGUAUUGGCCGACUUGAUGGGUCGUAAAGGAGAUCAAAUUUUAGGAGAAGAUGGUUUGUACAAAAUGACAUACACCGAAGCAAGCGAUGAUAUAAUGAAAGCACCCGUGGGCGUGGUAACAGCAAGCGAUGAAGCCAAGAACAAGGAAAUGCAUCGCAGGAUCAGUUCCGCUAUACCCGAUAAAAAAAUGCAUGAGAUUUUGAAAGAUCCUGCAAAUGAAGGGGCUGCAUAUUUAACUGACGUUAUUCAUGAUAGAGGAGAAGCAAUCCAAGUAAUACAUGAUGAAAUGAAGGAUAGGAAAGGCAAAGAUUUUCUUACUAUUGGAAAAUUUAAGAAGACCCACGGAGAGGCGGCUGCCAUGAUUAGUGAAGCCAACAAGUUUGGCGGACAACAUCCGUCCCCAGUGAUUAUGGAUAAAGUGAAAGAACGUAUUGACGAACUGCCUAAAGCUGGGGCUUCGGAAGGGGCGAACAGGCAAAUGGACGAUACAACGAGCAUCGUAUCCGCGUAUAUAGCUGGUGUGGCUACCGACGAAUGUGGUUUAGACGCUAAAGCUUUAGCUGCGCUUGACAGAAAAGGCAAGUCUGCUUCAGCGUUAAAUGUUGCUGAUGCGGAGGCGGAGCGCCUCAGGCUAGAGGCGGAAGAAGCAGAACGACGGAAACAGGAGGAAGAAGAUAGAAAAAAGCGAGAGGAAGAAGAAAGAAGAAAGCGCGAAGAAGAAGAGAAAAAAAGUCAGGUGAAGAUGAAGAACGGAAGAGGAGAGAGCAAGAUGAAAUGCGUAGACUCUCGGAGGAAAAGGGAGGAAGAAGAAAGAAAGCGAUUAGAAGAAGAAGCUAAGAAAAGUAAGGAAGCAGACGAGAAGAAAGACAAAAGGGCUGGAAAACCCAGUCGAUCCUCUGCAGCAGACCAGGACAGAGAGCGAGAACAGGCAUUAUCGAUAUUGCAUACUCAGUUACGUGCACGCGACAAAGAGAUCCUUUAUAAGCAACCGCAUACAGAAUUAACCCAUUCUCAAGCUUCACGCUGGAUAGGCAUGAAACCACCUAUGAAAGUUGAUAAGAGUGUGAAGGAAUCUGCAGAUACUGGACGGCUUCACAAGAAAUUUGAACGAAAAUUGAGUUUGCUUGUUGCGAAAUCCACUCCUGCCAAUAUGUAUGAUACAAUGCAAGAUGUGAUAAUUGAAUCUUCUCGUAUUUUAUCGGAAUACUUCGUCUCGAGUAAUUAUAAAGCCCUGGUUCAGGAAGCUCUUAUAUCAGAAAUGCAGAAGCGUGGAAACGAGAUUCUUAUUGAAGUUGACGGAGCCGCAGAAACUUUUUUCUUCUCUGCGCAAAGGUUAAAAAAAGCGAAAUCCAUGGAAGUGAAGGAACCUUGUAGUCAAGUGGCUUACCAUUUGAACAAAAGAUUGGACGACAUGAUCCGAUGCCGUUCAAUGGCUAGAAAGCUUACUGCAACUAUGAAAGAUCACGUGAAAGAUGCUUCUGACUACUUAUCUGAACAAGUCACAAAGCCAGACGAACAAAUUGAAGCUUACGUGUCAUUGUUGGAGGAAAUGGAGGCGGCCGGAGACACUUUACUUAUAGAAGGAAAUAUUCCAAAAUCUUAUAAAGAUGCAGCUGCUUACCUUCGUCAAUUAACGUCUUUGGAUGAUCAAAUUGGGCGAGCAAAUUCAACUCUACAAGCAUCUAUAGAGGGAAAACUAAAAACUUUAAUGGCUAACGUAACCGCCAGUGGUUAUAGUGUACCAGUCAUGCACGGUGUUAUUAAAGAUUCGACUCGGUUGCUGGUUUCCUAUAUUAUGCUUCAAGGUGAGAAAACGGAAGCACUUAAAAUUAUGAUUGAAAAAAUGGAGCAAACUGGUGAAUGUGUUUUACUGCGACAUGGAAACCUACGGAAAUCCUACGUCGAGGGCGCUAAUAGAUUACGCGGCAAGAAUACAGACCAACUGGGUGUACCGAGUGCGGACCCUGUAGUUGCGAGAAAGAUACAAAUAAAACUGAACAAUUUAAUGCGCGAUUGUACUCCACCAAAAUAUCAACCGCUCAUUGACGAUGUCAUUGAAGACGCUACCAUGUAUCUGGCGGUGCACUUUUUGCAACCACAUAUAAUUAAGGUGUGCAAAUGUAUGAAGAACGUGUUUGUUCAAUGUGAGCUGUGGUGCGACGAGAUAUUGCGUCGUGUGGCUCGUCCGUGCUGCACGUGUUCCCGGCACAUCUCCGCGCAGGCUCUGGAAGACCUUGCACCGGGACAGCGCCUGCGCAUCAGCCCUGGCUCGUCCAGGGCAUUCGCUCCUGGUCUUCAGAUAUCCCUCACGCAAUGUCCUGCUAGACCAACAAGAAGCCCAAGACGUGGCGAAAAACCCACAAGGCAACCGUGCCCUGCCUCCAAACCAACUGAAGGAUGCCGCCAGACGACUGCGUCGUAUCUUCUAUACUCAACCGAAUAUAAUAUCCGAGGUGGUUUCGAUGCCAGUCCCACGCGGGCGCUUCUUCAAACACCGUCAAAUUCGCUGCAAACUCCUUCGACACCGUCAUCACCGUCACCUUCAGGGUUGACUUCAUAUUCAUCGACUUCCCCGCUACGGUCUCAUUUUUUUAACAUGCAUGAUAAAAAUCAGAUAGUGCAAAGAGAGAAUGAACCAAUUUAUCAGACUACGCGCAAACAAAUUGUGUCUGAUACAUCAACCUCCAGCUCAUUCCAUACUCCACCCACCUCAAACCUAGCUUCAUUGGCAGACACAGUUAAUACGCCUUUCUGGCAAAAUCCUACUGCUAUGUACGCGAGGUACUCCAGGAACACAAACCGGCAACCACCAGAAAAUGAGGCAUCAUCAAAAAAGAGGAGUCGACUGAGGAGUGGAUACAGUGCUCGAACUCCGAUAGUAUCAACGGACCAGAUGUCUGACUGGCACGCGAUGAUGGUGAGCCUCAUGUGGAACGUGCAGGCGUGGCGGGACUGGAUACAGGAGAACAUCGACCGCGCACGGGCUUUCCAACGGCCUCUUGCUGAAUCAGACUCAGCUGACGUGAACGAGAAUUGGGCCGCAUUCCAAAGAAGGGUGGCGACGGAAGCCCUACAGUGGCGUCAAUACAAUACUUUUAGUCGGCAACUUACAUUACGAUUAGUGUUACGUUAUCAAGACAAACAAAUAGUAUCGCCAACGCGAGCCACUGUGAAGACGCAAGCAUAUAUGGAGUGUCAAAGAGAGAUGUUGGAUAUCAUCGACAUGUUCAACCGGUGGACCCAAUGGCUAACAUUAGUCAUAAAAGAAACUGAUUCUCUACGAGAAGACCCACACUCUGAUGGUUCAUUGCAAGAAACACGUUGGCAGUAUUUCAAAUCGAAAGUGGAAGAAUACGCCGAUGACUGGGAAAAGUACAACAUGCAUUUGAAAGUGUGUUGGGAACAUAAAUAUAGAUCACUUAUUGCAGAUUGGUUGCCGGCGUGGGAGCAAUCUGGCCCCGUGUGGGUGGUGAGCGCGUGUGGCGCGGUUCCGUCCGGCGCAGUCGCCGCCGGGGUGUUCGACGGGGAAGUGGUUUGGGUCGCGAGAACCACGCACAAGUGUAACGUGUUGCCAGCUGCAUUGCACCCUUCCAAACACUGCUGUAUAGUGUACGCUGACGGGGCAGUGCAUCACUACACGAAGUAUCAGGUGAUGUGCAACGCGGAGGUGCGGUGGGUGGCGUGGCGGUCGGGCGCGGUGGGCGCGCGGGCGGUGCGGGUGGCGCGGGGGGUGCACGCCGGCCGCGUGCUCUACCGCGGCUCGCACCUGCUCGGCGCCGUGCUGGCCCCGCACUACCGCUGCCACGUGCUCAUCUUCGACCGGCCCUUCGCGUUCAACUGCUAUGAACUACUCGUGCUUGCCGACGAUUGAAUACACCAGUCAUGUUUUUCUUUUUGAAAUUGUUCGGUGUACUGUUUGGUCCAAAUGUGGGUGGUUUCGUUGUAUUGCUACGUUGAAGUUUUUGAUGGGUUUUAGUUUUGAUGUUUUUUUAUCAGAAAUUUGAUACAAUUUUUCAUGCCUAGAAUUUUUAUUUACAAUAAUAAAAAUAUUUAAUUUAAAUGGUUUGGUUUUUAAAUAUAUUAAUUCAUCAACGUUACUGGCAAUCGACACAUUCAAUGGAUUUGUCGUUUAUUUUGACGCGUUCAAUGACGCCAUUGGUACCCGACAGUCGCACCAUGUCUCCUGUUUUGAAGACGUCGGUGGCUUCCGCUGCUCCCA